GUGUUCAUGGUCAGGUCUGUGGUAAUCCCAUCAAAAAACAAAACAGAAAAAAAAUCUAGAUUAUAAAUCAACAUGUAACCAAAGCACUCUGUAUAUAACACCAUAGUAUAGGAUGUAGUUCAGAAAAUGUCAAAGUAUAGUAUACUUUACUCAAGAAUAACAUAGUAUGGCCUGUAGUUCAUAGUACAGCAUGUUGGCAAGAAAAAAAAAACAAAACAUAGAUUAUUAUGUGGUUCAAAAAGUGCAAAAUGAUAGGAUGUUUCCUAAAAUUGUCAUGUAUGAUAUGUGGUUCAAAAAAUGUCAUAGUGCAAUAUAUUGUCAAAAUAGUAUGUAAUUCAAGAAAACAUCAGAGUAUAAUAUGUCAUCUAAAAAAUGCCAUAGAAUAAUAAUUUCAUUGCACAAGUAAAAGUAUAGUAACUUUUAAAGCUGUUUGAAUUCUUAUAUGUUGCUAAAAAAAAAACUAAAACAAAAAAACCUUACAGUUAUAUGUCAAUUAAAAAAGCCUAUAGUAUAGUGUGUCGCCCAACAAACAUCAUAGUAGAGCAUGUCGCUCUAAAAACGUCACAGUAUAGCCUUUAGUCCACAGCUGUCUGUAGGUGAGGAGCAACACAAAAACAGUCCAAACGCUGGUUUCCAGAGGGUUAGACGUUUAUUUAUUUGAAAGAAGAAGUUUACAACAACACAUGUGAGGGGGUUAAAAACAAAUGGGUGUUAGUAAAAUAAAAAUAAAUAAACAGAACUAAAAGUGUGGUAUACUGAGAUUUAGUAUUAUUGUUUUGGAUGUUAUGCCAGGGCUUGUUCCAGGUUAGAUGUGUAAGAGUACUGUGGACAGUGAUUGUUGCAAUGUUGUGUUGUUGUUGUGCGGUUUCUCCAGUAGAGGGCGCACGAGCGUAAUGUUACCUGCUGGAUGUUGCUGUUGUCAGAGAACCCCAGAAGAAGCUGUACCAAAGAGAUAGAGAUGGGAUUUAUGGCUCUUUGAAGGGAGCCGGAUCUUGAGGAGCUGUUCCUUUCAAAGAGCCGUUCGAAAGACUGGCUCGUUCUUAUCUUCAUUUAUUUUAGAAAUCAACCAGGGGUAACUCGUUUUUAUCCAGGAAACAAUCACUGGUAGCAGUUACAAGAUACAAUAUGGAUCUCAAUAUUUCAAACUUACACAUCCCACCAAUAUAUACUCUAUUGGUGGGAAUUAUUCUAAAAUACUGAUUAGAAUUUCAUUUGGCCUAUAUCCCCAUGCUUUGACGGUGAGAUCACUGUUUUGAAUUUUCAGUCACCUAAAAAAUUUUGUGGCACAAUAAAACUACGCAGACUACCGGAUAACUUCCAUGCAAAACAGCUUUACUGUAAAAUGUUCCACACAAGAACAUUUUAACAAUACAGAAAAAUAUAUAUUUUUUUCUUUUUUUUCCAUCACUAAUAUCUCCUUCUCCCUGAUAAAGCGGUAAAUGUGGCUCCGCUCCAGUCUCCAGUCAUUCGGACUCGGGCGGUGCUCACACUCCUCUAAGUUAGCUGCAUAUAGAGCUGCGUUCAUGUGAAUGGAGCUGCUGUGGACAACUCAAAUUCGGAAAUGUCAUGAGUCGUUAACAUGAAGGCAGCAUGGACAACUCAGACUCAUUGAGGUGAAACGUAAAGAAAGUGUUAGCAAUUUCCACAUGCGAACGACUCGCAGCUGUGAACCGGUUCUCAUCGUUCACUUAAAAGAGCCGUUCAAACAACUGACUCGUUCACCAACGUCACAUCUCUAAUGUGGGGGGCCCAGUGGGGUCAGAGGCUGCUGUAGAUGCAGAUGUGGAGGCAGAGGAGGCAAUGGACACAUCAGUGUCACUGCUGUUGUCUGAGUCUGGCUCUGCUCUCAAACCUGUGACCUGCACUGUUGGGUGUUGAGUCUUCAAAUGCCUGUGUAAAUUAUUUGUUGACCCAGACUUGAAUGAAAUGACUUUCUGACAAAUGCUGCAUUUAGCCUUACUGUUUUCUUCGCGAGAAAAGUGCCCCCAAAUGCUGCUCCUUCUCCUCUGACUCAUUUUCAGACGUGUGUGUGUCUUCUUCGUUCGAACAACCGGCUACUAUGUUGGCACUGAGACAGAGAGGCACUCGUGCACGUGUGUUUGUUUUUUUAACCGUGACAGCAGCGUGCACGAGUCAUGGCUCCGCUCCUAACCAAUGACAGAGGCACGCAGGGUUUUUUUUCCCCACUGCACUGGAGCACUCACGUGAAGAAUGCGUGCGCAACACUCCUGCGCGUGCGCCCCUCCCCUCAAGUGUUCUGUCUCUAGCGGAGGGGCAGGGAGCAUAGACCCUAUGCAUAGACCGAAGGAGGAGUUAAUUUGUGUGCGUCUGCUUUAAACACGCAUAGGCAAAAAAGAACGACGGAAAGAACGGCUCUCCCCCAGCCGCGACUCGGCUCCGAUCGUUCAUGUUUAUGAGCCGUUCAAAAGAAUCGGCUCGUUCGCGAACGUCACAACGCUACAGUGGGGACACGUGUACAAGGAGUGGGCUUAUUAAAAUGUAAAAUUUGAGCUUUCUGAUUAGUUGCUGAAUAAAAAGGGGUGUGAUUUUUCUCAUAAUUUUGUGACAACGGCAAGAGUUAUGCGGAGGCACUUCCUUGCCGGCGAGCGGUUGGUGGUGGAGGUGCUCCUAGCAGUCUGAGGUAAGUAUAAAAAACAGCAAAACUCAAAUUGAAAGCAAGUUAGCUUAAUUAAAGUGGUGUUAUUACAGAUGGUUUGUGUUUUUGUGCUGUCACAGGUGAUUUAUUACCUUCUAGCUAACCUGUAAACCAGUUUAUUUAGAGAGUUUGGUUAGUUAGCUCCCUGUUAGCCUAGCUUAAACAGGUGAGCACGACUUAGCUAACGGUUAUUAUGCUAAUCUGGCUGUUUUUUCAGUUAAAUUCGGGUUAAUUUAGCCUGAAUGUGGAGCACAAUGAAAUCCAGCUCUAAGCCUCUGAGCUACGAGCUGCUGGCGGAGGUCGGAGAAGGCUGCUACGGGAAAGUGUACAAGGCCAGAGAGGUCGGAGAGAGACAGCGGCUCCUGGCGGUCAAGAAGUUCAACAUACGCGGCGAAGCUUCGCAGAGCGGCAUCCCUGCCUUCAUGAUCCGGGAGGUGGCGCUGCUGCGGAAAAUGGAGGACUUCAACCAUCCCAACGUGGUCAAGCUCUUGGAUGCGUCUGCUAUACCAGUGGGCUUGGGCUUGGACCUCACUCUGGUGCUGGAAUACAUUGACCAGGACCUGUCCACCUACCUGUCAAAGGUUCCCGCCUCCGGACUGAGCCGUGACCAAGUUAGGGAUGUGAUGCUGCAGCUGCUGCGAGGUCUGGACUUCCUACACACAAACCUGGUGCUGCAUCGUGACUUAAAACCAGAAAACAUUCUGGUCAGCAACCGUGGAGAGGUCAAGAUUGCAGACUUCGGACUUGCACGGAUCCACACCUUCAAUAUGGCUCUCACUCCAGGUGUGGUGACACUGUGGUAUCGAGCUCCCGAAGUGCUGCUGAACUCUGUUUACAUGUCCUCGGUGGACAUGUGGAGCGUCGGCUGCAUCUUUGCUGAGCUCUUCCUCUUGAGACCCUUGUUUCAGGGAUGCACUGAGGUGCAGCAGCUGCAAAAAAUCUUCGAUGGCUUCUUGUUUUCUGUUCAUCAGGGUGAUCGGUUUGCCCAGCGAGACAGACUGGCCUGCAGACACCCCGAUCUCAUACUCACCCAGCUGGGGAUCCAAACGCUCCCACACCAAGCUGCUGCCAAACCUGGAACCAGACGAGAACGACCUUCUGUCUCAAUGUUUGGCAUUCAGACCGAGCGGUCGUAUCUCCGCCAUCAAAGCCCUGAGCCACCCUUUCUUUGUGAAGCACUCAAGAUUUCAGUUGAAUGAGGAGUGGAGGGAGGAAAAAAUCAACCGCUGCUGCUCUGAGCUUCCAGAAUCUACAGGCUAUACAGGCUAAAUUAACCAGAUCUGUGCCAUGAAAUCCAUGUUGUUCAGAGCGUUGCAUGUUUAUUUUAGAGCUUUUAAACAGACAUCAGCAGCAUCAUGAGAGACUGUGGUCAGCUUUGAGGCUUUUGAACGUCACUAAAUAAGGAACAUGCUGUGCCUGACAUGCAAAACGUGGAUCUUAUGGCCAAAGCCUAACAUGUAUUUUGAUAAAAUUCCAAAACAUGAGGCAUUUUUGAUGGAUUUUCCUCCUCCAGUUUUAUUUACUCAGUUGUAAUUUCUGAAUUUUAUUUGCCUCCAUGUGAACACAGGAACAUUAUUCUGUUUUUUUUCCCCAUUUAGAUUUAGAAGUAUGUUGUUUAUUUCCACAAAAUGUGAUGCAACUUUGUUAUUGUUGAGUGUUACUAUCAAAAAUAGGGAUUCAGCUUUUCUAUUUUUCACUUACAAGAAUAUUAUGAACAUGUUUAGGUUGAUGUUUCUAUUUCACUAAAGAUUUUUUUGUUCCUUACAUCAGAGGAAAUGUAACGCUUUAUUUUGGAUAUUUUUGUGAGGAUAUUUAUGGUGCAAUCAGUGCAGAUUGCACCUGUAUUUAUGUUUGUAUCGACAGAUUGUAAGAUUUUUUUUCUACAUGAGUUGCACUGUUCAUUCAAGAAGCAUUUCCAUAAAUAACUUUCUCCCACA